AUGUAAUAUGUAAACAUGGGUCUGUCGCUAAGCUUUCGUUUCCAUCUCUCCUUACUUAACAUGAACUACAUUUGAUAUCUAACGAUAAGUACUUCAGACAGAGUUACACACCGUAAACGAACAAUCGGAGAUCGUACUAUAACGAUGUCGUUUGCAGGUGUUUAAGAUCGAUUUAAUAUUAAUGCAAUAGCACAGCAUAUAUUCUAAACAGUUCGUUAGCUCGUCUGGUAGCAUAGCUAACUAGCAAAAGUUAGACUAACGCAACGGCGAAUUUGCUGCAGUUUGAAGAAAUGGCAUGCUUUUUGGAAAUCUACUUGAUAAGCUGAUACAGAAAUAGAAUAUCUUAGUUUUAGUUAAUAAAGUAUUGUAUUAUGAAAUGUCGUUUUGCGUAUAAUCGUGCGUUACCAGGAAGAGAAUGAGGAGAAGCCUUGCGCCAAGCCAGGUUGCCAAGAGGAAACAAGGGGCAGAUUCAUCUGAAGAUGAGGACUGGCAUCCAGAAACAGUUCAAAAGCGACGGAAAGGUGAAGCAGAAAUCCGAGAAAACUAUAUUUCCCCCUUCAGAAAACCCUUGACACAACUGACCAACCGCCUGGUCUGUCUGGACGGCACUAAACAUGAAGCCUUCAUUCGUAGUAUUCUCUCCAAACCAUUCAAGAUUCCAAUUCCAAACUACUCAGGUUCCCUGGGGAUCCGGGCGUUGGGUUUAAAGCGUGCGGGGGUCCGGAAGGCGCUGCACGACCCUUUUGAAGAGGGGGCUCUGGUUCUGUAUGAGCCCCCUGCUCUCGGGGCUCAUGACCUUAUAAAGGCAGAAAAAGAGAAGCUACCUGUACAUGUUGUUGUGGAUCCUGUGCUUGGGAAAGUCCUACGACCCCAUCAAAGAGAGGGAGUGAAGUUCCUGUGGGACUGUGUGACGGGGAGGCGUAUCGGGGAUUCCUUCGGCUGUAUCAUGGCUGACGAGAUGGGCCUGGGGAAGACCCUGCAGUGCAUCGCUCUGAUGUGGACUCUGCUGCGCCAGAGCCCUGACGCCAAGCCCGAGAUCGACAAGGCCAUCGUGGUGUCCCCGUCCAGCCUGGUGCGGAACUGGUCCAAUGAGGUGGGAAAAUGGCUGGGCAACCGCAUCCAGCCCCUCGCCAUCGACGGCGGGUCGAAGGAGGAGAUCGACAGGAAGCUGGAAAACUUCAUGGCCCAGCAUGGCUUGAGGGUCCCUUCUCCCAUCCUGAUCAUUUCAUACGAGACCUUUCGCCUACACACUAACGUCUUGCACAAAGGCAAAGUUGGUUUGGUCAUCUGCGAUGAGGGUCAUAGACUGAAAAACUCAGACAACCAGACAUAUUUGGCUCUGAACACCAUGAACGCCCAGCGCCGGGUGCUCAUCUCUGGGACUCCCAUUCAGAACGACCUGCUGGAGUACUUUAGCCUGGUGCACUUUGUCAACGCUGGCAUCCUGGGGACUGCUCAGGAGUUUAAGAAACGCUUUGAGGUGCCGAUCCUGAAGGGACGUGAUGCUGAUGCCAGUGACGAAGAUCGGCAGUGUGGAGAGGAAAAGCUGAAAGAGCUCAUUGGCAUCGUAAACCGGUGUUUGAUCAGGAGGACCUCUGACAUUCUGUCCAAGUAUCUGCCCGUGAAGAUCGAACAGGUCGUCUUUUGCAGGCUGACCCCUCUUCAGACGGAGCUGUACAAGCAGUUCCUGAAGCAGGCCAAGCCAGCAGAGGAGCUGCAGAAGGGCAAGAUCAGCAUGUCCUCCCUCUCCUCCAUCACCACCCUCAAGAAACUCUGUAACCACCCAGCUCUCGUGUAUGACAAGUGCAUGGAGAGGGAGGAGGGCUUUGAAGGGGCACUGGAGCUCUUUCCCACAGGAUACUCCACUAAAGCAGUGGAGCCCCAGCUCUCCGGAAAGAUGUUAGUUCUGGAUUAUAUUCUGGCCAUGACCAGAAGCACCACCAGUGACAAGGUGGUGCUCGUCUCAAACUACACACAGACUCUGGACCUCUUUGAGAAGCUCUGCCGAUCUCGGAGGUACCUCUAUGUUCGACUGGAUGGCACAAUGUCGAUCAAAAAAAGGGCAAAGAUUGUAGAGCGAUUCAACUGCCUCUCUAACCCAGAGUUCAUCUUUAUGCUGAGCAGCAAGGCCGGAGGGUGUGGCUUAAAUCUUAUUGGAGCAAAUCGCCUUGUGAUGUUUGACCCUGACUGGAACCCAGCCAAUGAUGAGCAAGCCAUGGCUCGAGUCUGGAGGGAUGGGCAGAAGAAGACCUGCUACAUUUAUAGGCUGCUUUCGACCGGCACAAUCGAGGAGAAGAUCCUGCAGAGACAAGCCCAUAAGAAAGCCCUGAGCAGCUGUGUGGUGGAUGAGGAGCAGGAUGUGGAGAGACACUUCUCCCUGGAGGAGCUGAAAGAGCUCUUCACUCUCACCGAGGACACUGCCAGCGACACACACAACAGGUUCCGCUGCCGGCGCUGUGUGAAUGGGCGGCAGGUACGCCCCCCUCCGGAGGAUUCGGACUGCACCAGCGACCUGUCCCAGUGGCACCACUGCGCCGACAAGAGGGGCCUGAAGGACGCCGUGCUACAGUCCUCCUGGGACGCCGCUGUGUCCUUCGUCUUCCACCAGCGUUCCCACGAAGACCAGAGAGGGGUGGUGUGAAUGCCAGUCGCACUGGGAAUUUGUGUGCGAGGGGCCAAAUCCUGGCCUAGGUGUUGAGAGCAAGAUGGAACGGUUGUUCAUGCGAGUCCCACCUUAAUCUUGAGUGACCACCUUACCCUGCCAUUCACAGACCUCCCUCAGUGUUUUGGUAUGAAACUGACAUGUCACUGAUGAGACUAUUUCAGCGUGUGGACCUUGUUUUUCCUUUCAUAGUUUUUUGUUUGUUUGUUUGUUUGUUUUAUUUAUGGUGUAAAUAUGUAUUAAUGGCCCUUUAGUAAAUAAACCUUUCAAAUCUA